AUGCAGUGUUUGAAUGGGCGAAUGAAAGAUAGAAAACCUUUGAGCAGCUUAAGGCAGGAGGGUAAGGUUGUGGCAUAUGCCUCAAGACAAUUGAAGUUACAUGAGUGUACUUACUCGACCCAUGACUUGGAAUUAGUUGUUGUGGUAUUUGCACUUAAGAUUUGGCAUCAUUAUUUUUAUGGUGAGAGAUGUGUUAUCUACACGAAUCACAAGAGCCUUAAGUAUCUCCUUACUCAGAAGGAGUUGAAUUUAAUGCAAAGGCGGUGGAUUGAACUGCUAAAAGAUUAUGAUUGUGUGAUAAAAUAUCAUUCCAAUAAAGCGAAUGUAGUCAUAGAUGCCUUGAGUAGAAAGUCGAUGACUGAGUUGCGAGCUAUGUUUGCACGUUUGAGAAUAAUCGGUAAUGGUGGGUUAUUGGAUGAGCUUCAGGUGAAGCCGACUUUGUCACAACAAAUUAAAGAGAAACAAAUAAUAUAUGAGAGUUCGGUAAAGAUGAUUCAACUGGUAGAGCAAGGUGUUAGGGGAGAUUUUGAUCUUAAUGCAAAUGGUAUAUUGAGUUUCCGAGGGAGACUUUGUGUGUUGAAUGAUGGAGAUUUAAGGCAUACAAUUCUUACCGAGGCACAUAGUAGCCCUUACACUAUGCAUCUCAGUAAUAAUAAGAUGUGCAAUGACCUCCGAAAGGGAUGCAUUGGUGGCUUGGUUUGA